UUUUACUCCAUGUUAUUCGGAAAUUAUUUACGUCGUCCAUUUGUUCACCAUGGCUUUAAUGACCGUAAUGACUACGUCUUUCACAGGGAAAAUCUUGCAAGGCCUAUGUCACCUUGGUUCCCUCUCAGAAGUUAUUACGUAUUUAUGAUAUACAGCGUAUUAUGUAUGCUGAUGCAGGAUAGUCUGGUCAAUGCUAGUUUAAUUCAGUUGUUAACAUGGCCAUGUUACGGCAUGCCGCGGGGAGUAUGAAAUAUUUUGUGAACGUUAAUUCACGUUGUACAAGAAACUGCUCUGCUUCGACAGAAACAUUCAGCGACAUUCCAUCACCACAGGGCAUUUGGCCAGUAAUUGGACAUGCCCAUCUCUUUGGACCAACGGGUCCAUAUAAAGCAGAGCGACUAACAGAGGCUGUAAUGGACUUAAGUAGACAGCUGGGACCAGUGUUCAAAUUGCGACUCAGUGGUGCAGAUUCUGUUGUGACUGUGGAUGCUGAUGACACCAGAACAAUGUUUCGUCAUGAAGGCCGCCACCCUUUCAGACCUUCAUUUCCUGCAGUUCAGCGCUAUCGACAGAAGAGAUUUGGCAGCAUGGGCAUAGUUCCAGGGAAUGGAGAGGAGUGGUACAAGUUCCGUGCAGCUAUACUGCCCCUUUUGCAUCCUCGUGUUGUCAAGGCCUAUGCUGAUAGGCAUACACAAGUGGCAAGCAGAUUUGUGGAUUACAUUCAAAUGAAGAUAAAUGAAACAUCCUCAGAAACUAUAAAUGAUAUUUGUCAGGACUUAAUGAAAUUUAGUAUUGAAGCCAUCUCAGUAACAGUCCCUGGAGUGCAGUUCUCUUCUCUGGCAGCACAAAGCAUCAGAGAACAAGAUACGCAGAAUAUUAUGAAUGCCAGUACAGAUUUUAUGGAAGGGCUCUAUGGGACAUUGAUUGGGCUCCCUCUAUGGAAACUCUAUCGAACACGUAGCUAUCGAAAACUAGAAUCAUCUCAUGAAGUCAUUUACAAGGUUUUAGAGAGCAGACUUCAAGGAAUGAAGUGCAGAUACAUGGAUAGUCCUGAGCAAAUUGCAUCAGCACAUCCUUUUUUAGCUGCUAUAUUUAACAAUCCAACACUGGAAUGGAAGGAUAUCGUCAUGCUGGGGAUGGAGACCUUCCUUGGUGGAAUUGAUGCCACAGCCACCACAAUGGCCAUGACAUUUCACUACCUGGCAGCUAAUCCUGAAAUUCAGCAGCAAGCAUAUGAAAAGGUUUUAAGACAAGACUCAUCCCAGGAGAUGUCCUUUCUACGAGCCUGCAUCAAGGAGACACUCCGACUUUCUUCCACUGCUGGUGCUAAUAGCCGCUUCUUGGCGAAAGAUGCAAAUAUUGGAGGCUAUCUUGUACCUGCUGGAACACUGGUGUAUGCAUUCAAUUCUGUAACUUCAUUAGAUGAAAAAUACUUUGUUGAACCAUUAAAGUAUCUGCCAGAGCGCUGGCUACGAGAAUCUUCAACAAGCAAAGGUCAUCCUUUUGCAUCUCUGCCAUUUGGCUAUGGUCCCAGAAUGUGCCCUGGACAACGCUUGGCGGAACAAGAAAUGGUGAUAUUACUAGCAGAGGUGUUGAGAAAGUAUCACCUGGAAUCUGCAGACCACACACCAAAGCCAGUAGGGAUGGUUUAUCGCAUGAACCGAGUACCUGACAGGCCCAUCAACCUAUGCUUCCGGAAUCGAAGAGUAUAGAAGAGGCACUAUGAGAAACUACCUUGAUUCUGUAGGGUUUGAUGUUCUCACAACUGUGUUCAUUCCUUCUGGGAUGUAAUGCUAUGUAGACCAUUGAAAGUCAAACAACAUUUCAGAGGAACAUGUCGCCUCCAUCUUCAGGGUUGAAGAGUAAGGCAAGCAAGAAACCAGCAUGAGGCAGCCAGUAAGCAGAGCUCUGAAUUAUCAGUUGACUUUCAACAGAUUACACAACAUUAUAUCACAGAAAAUAGAACUCUUCUUAACUUGAUUCUUUUUAGACAGCUUACCUAUGAACUGUUGCUCAAUGGAAUAUUUAAAGUGAUAUCCUUCUGUUUCAUGAUGAUGUGUAUGAAGUUUUUUCUUUCUUGCUAGUGGGGUGGGACUAAGUCCCUUGUACUGCGGCCACUUCUGGCCUACU